AUGGUUCGUAUGAAUUUUAGGGACGCAGGCGAGAAGGCAACAGAAGUGGGAGAGAGUGCUAGGACUGCCCCCGUCACCUCGGAACUGACACAGAUAGAAAGCUUAGACAAGAGUCUGGAAGAUUUGCUGACCAGGGUGGAUGAAUUUGUGGGAAUGCUGGACAUGAUUCGAAGUGAUUCAUCUCAAGUUGUCAAUGAAAGUAUACCUGAAAUUUACACAAAAGCUACAGCAAUGAGACAGAUAUACAGGAAGAUUGACAAACUAGAGGCUUUUGUGAAGAUGGUUGGAAAUAGCGUAGCUGGACUGGAAGAACGGGUCAUAAAGGCAGAAACAGACCUUGGAGCUUUUCCAAGCACAUUCAAGAAAAUCUUGCACACAAUCAACAUACCAUCAUUCCUUAAUAAAUCAUCUUCCUCACGGCAACAACAGACCCUCUAUGAACCUCCAGUCCUCUUCAAGACUGAAGACUAUUUUCCGUGUCUUAAUGAAGCACCUUAUUGA